AUGCGCCCAAUUCCCCAUGUGCGUCCACGCUCAGCCGCCCGGUUAAUCCUCCAACAGCUGGAGCUUGUCCGAGGCCCUGUCAGCAGACUGUCUGCUACAAGUAUACAUCAACAAGCUUCACCAAACUUUCUUAUCCGUAUUACGCGAUCCUGCUUCUAUAGAGCGAGUUCGUCCACCACACAGUCACAAUCAUCCGCUCAGAAGAUGCCGCCCAAGCAGAAGGGGCCGCCGGCCGAUCCUCGGCCUAGUUCAAGCGUCGUCCUGGUUUCGCCAAAGAACGAAAUCCUCCUCCUUCAUCGCGUCAAGACAUCCACAUCAUUUGCUUCAGCUCACGUCUUCCCCGGCGGAAACCUCUCGCUUCAAGACGGACGAUGCCCGCCUCCUGGCGACCCAAAGCGGCAUGAAGAUGCGCCCUGGUACCGGAAUGCCGCUCUCCGCGAGCUGUUUGAGGAGAGUGGCAUCCUCGUCGCGAAGGAUACGAGUUCCGGAAAGAUGCUCGCAGUAAGAGAGGAAGAGCGCGAAAGGGGCCGACGGGAGAUUCACCAGAAGAAAACAACUUUUACUGAAUGGCUGAAAAAGCAAAAUACGGCGGCUGUACCAGAUAUCGAUAAUCUCAUUCCCUUUACGCGAUGGGUUACUCCAAUAAACGUUCCAAAGCGUUACACCACACAGAUGUAUAUCUACUUCUUGCCGCUACCACUUGAGUCUGAGAAUUCAUUACUCAACGAAAUUCCGGCCGAGGGCGAACGUGAAGAAAUUCAAAUUCCCACCAGCGACGGAGGCGUCGAGAUCUCCGAGGCCCAAUUCCUGCCUGCCUCUGAAUGGCUUCGGAAGGCUGGAAAAGGAGAGAUUAUCCUAUUCCCGCCGCAGUUUGUCCUACUAAGCCUCGCGUCCCAAUUCCUAGAUAAGGAGCCUCGGACAGGGUCCCCGGAUGAACUUCAGCGCAGGCGCACACAGCUUAUCGACUUUGCGCAUUCUGGCAGCCCACCAUGGACCGAGAAGUGUAUUUCGCCCAAGGUCGGCAAGUUUGUAGAGGAUGGACGCGCGGUUAUGUUGCUCGAUCAUCCUGGUCCAGAGUUGAAGGAUACAGAUCGCCGGGGAGAGUCCGAACGGGUUGUUCUCGUACGCUUCGAGGGUGGAGGCGCUCGCGAUCUCAGUCUGGGUUGGAAGAAGGAUAUCUUUGCUGGAAAGAGGGCCAAUAUCUAG